AUGGAAGCCCCGGGCGCCGCCGCCGCUCCAUCGCCGGGGGCUGCGAAGAGGAAGGUGAUGGUGGUGGCGGAACCCGGUCGGGAGUCGGCCGGAGCGCUGCAGUGGGCGUUGACCCACGCCGUUCUGGAGCAGGACGAGAUCAUCCUCCUCUACGUUGACCUUCCCAACCCGUCCCGGAGGGGACCCUUCUCGGCGUUCCUCCGGCGACCCCCUCCCGGCGCCGCCGUUGACCCCCCGGGGGGCGGCGGCGGCGGCGGCCUCGAGUUCCUCGACGAGAUGAAGGGCAUGUGCCUAAAGGCUCAGCCGAGGGUGGCGGUGCAGGUCCUCCGCGUGGAGAUGGAGGACAACGACAAGGUCUCCACCAUCGUCUCCCAGACCAAAGCCCUCGCCAUCGAUCUCCUCGUCAUCGGUCAAUCCCGCCGCCCCUCCUUCCUCGGGUGGGCACCUAAACUCUAGAGAGAGAGAGAGAGAGAGAGAGAGAGAGCAUUGAUGAGGUUUCCUUCUUCUUUUCCUUGUGUUGAGAGGGGUGAUGUUUCAGGGGGAGACUAGGAGGGGGGACGUCGAGCAAGAACAUGAGCAUGGAUAUGGUGGAGUACCUGAUCGAGAACAGCAGGUGCCUGUGCGUGGGAGUGCAGAAAAAGGGACAGAACGCCGGCUACCUCCUCAACACCAAGACUCACAAGAACUUCUGGCUCCUCGCUUAG